GAUCAUGAUCCAACAGUUUGUCAUCCUGUGUCUGGUCACUGGCCUGGCUUCAGCUGUCUGUCCAGAUGGGUCUACCUGCCCAUAUGGAACAACCUGUUGUAAGAAGCUGUAUGGCGGAUAUACCUGUUGCCCUGUCUCAAAGUGGAAAGAAGCAAAAGCCACCCUGCUUGUUCAGGCAGGAACACCAAAUGCAUUGACUGAAAAUAUCUGUCUGGAUAACACUGAAUGUCCGCCUGAAUACACUUGUAUGCCCACAUCAAAAGGCUUUUAUGGUUGCUGCCCAUUCACUGAGGCAAAUAUUUGCAAGGAUUGGGAGCAUUGUUGCCCAAAGGGAUAUGAAUGUGACCUGAUUGAAGCCAAAUGCAAAAGAACAGGAGCAACGGAAGACAAGUUGCCACUGGUUUCUGCAGUAGACAACUUGCGUACUGCCAAUAGUGAGCUUUGUGGGAAUAUGACCUGUUCUGGGGGAUACACCUGUUGCAAGUCAAAGAAUCUUGGCUGGGGUUGCUGUCCUAUGAAAGAUGCAGUAUGCUGUGAUGACCACUACUGCUGUCCAAAAGAUUUCAAAUGUGAUAAAGCACAAAAAACCUGCAUCAAACCUGUUGGUAAGCAGAAUGCACAUUUUAUGGAAAUAUUAAUUUUUGUAGUUCCUUAA